AUGGAGAAUCCCACAGCUGGAAACAACUCGAUCGACGAGAGCACUGCCCUCCAAGUGGUUGGCGUCAGAGGGCUGCGAGAGAUCCAAAGCCAUCAGCGCAACGACAGAAAUAGAGCCAGACAAGCAGAGCAAAUACAAGGCGAAAGAGUAGAAAACCACUUGCUGCUACUGGUCCAAGUAAACCAACCACAACCGGUAAACCCACCGCAGCAAGUACACUACCACCAGAAGAUCAACUAUAAUCACCAGAUAAACUACAACCAGAAUUUCAAUUACGUUCAGCAACGGCAAGCACAAGUAUGGUACCCACCAACAGGGUGGCAACGAGACCAGGUGACAGGUCAGUUUUAUCGUGAUUAUUAUGACUAUAACGCCCAACUUUGGAGUAAAGAUUGGUGGGAUCCUCAACAGGGUAGGGCGUACCGCGUUGUGAGGGACUCGAAUGGUCAGUGGUCUCUCCAUUUAAUCGGAUAG